AGGUCGUACUGUCAAAUGCAACCAUGUACAAAAUGAACACAGCUCUCUUCAAAUUGAUGACAACUUGGGAGUGCGACUAACUUCGCUCACUUCUUUCUUUCGGAAAAAUUAAAGAUGUCGAAUAUCAAGAGGAAGAAGACCAGAAAGUUGCGUGGUCAUGUAAGUCAUGGUCACGGUCGUAUCGGCAAGCACCGUAAGCACCCUGGUGGUCGCGGUAACGCUGGUGGUAUGCACCAUCAUCGCAUCAACUUCGACAAAUACCAUCCAGGUUACUUCGGUAAGGUUGGUAUGAGGAACUUCCACUUGCGCCGUCAACACAAAUUCUGCCCAACCCUCAACUUGGACAAAUUGUGGUCUUUGGUCGGUGUCGACAAAGUAGCUGAAUUGGAGAAGGAGAAGACUCCUAAAGCUCCCGUCAUUGAUUUGGUGAAAUUCGGUUACUACAAGUUGUUGGGCCGUGGUCAUCUCCCCAACUUGCCCGUCAUUGUUAAGGCCAAAUACUUCACCAAGAAGGCUGAAAACAAGAUCAAGAAGGCCGGUGGUGCCUGUUUGUUGGUCGCUUAAAUUAAGGUAAAUAUUUUAAACAUAACGCGAUAUAAAAUUUUAUU